AUGGCAGACCUCGCCACCCAGAUCGAGAGCGCCGCAAAGUCUCCGCCCUCGGACCCCGCGGAGCGUCUGGCCCUCUACAAUGCUGCCCAGAAGCUCUUUUACGCCGUCGAGGACCCCCUCGACAGCAUUAACCGCGUGAAUGGCUCUCCGUUGAUCCACAUCGUCUCCUUUAUAGCCACCAACCUCAACAUCUAUGAACAGCUUGCCGCUGCAGGUGGGCCGCUCACCGGCGCCUCGCUUGCCGCGUCGUCGAAAUGCGACCCCGUCUUGAUGAGCCGCAUCCUCCGCUUGCUUGCCUCCAAUACUCUCAUUCUGGAAACGGGCGAGGACACCUUUGCGGCCAACAACAUCACUCAGGCUCUUGCCCAGCCCGGAUACCGUGCCGGGAUCAUCCAUUGCUUCAAGGCCAUCACCCCGUCCUUCAUGGCCAUGCCGGAUUUCCUCGCCGAAACCAACUACGAGAACCCGAAGGACCUGGUCAACUCUCCAUUCCAAAAGGCCAACAACACGGACAAGCCAGCCUUCGUCUUUGCCAUGGAGAACCCAGACUUGAUGGCCAACUUCAACGUGUGGAUGGCCGCGGUCCACAGCAACGCCCAGACAUGGCUGCACGUCUUCGACUUUGCCGGCCACGUCAAAGGCUCAACCCCGGAGACGGCAAUCUUUGUCGACAUCGCCGGCGGCCUUGGUCAGCAGUCAGGCCUCAUCAAGAAGAUGCACCCCGAGAUACCCGGCCGGGUCAUCCUUGAGGAGCAGCCUUUCAUUCUCCCGCAGACCCUCCCCAUUGAGGGCAUUGAGAAGCUGGGAUUCGACCUCUGGGCUCCGCAGCCGAUCAAAGGCGCCAAGGUCUACUACGCACGCAACAUCCUGCACGACUACCCGGAUGACAAGGCGAUCGCCAUCAUCCAGAACACGCUGCCGGCCCUGACCGAGGGCUCCAUCUUCGUUAUUGACGAGAUCAUCAUCCCCAACACGGGGGUGCACCCGACGGCAACCCAGACCGACAUGAUCAUGCUGGCCAGCUUCUCGUCCAUCGAACGCACCGAGAGGCAGUGGGAUGCGCUGCUCGACAAGGCCGGCCUCAAGAUCGUCAAGAAGGCCAAGUACAACACCACCACGGGACAGAGCGCCAUCGUCACGGUGCCAAAGUAG